UAGUAGGGUUUUGUUGAUUGUCGAUGCGCGGUGCCUUCGCCAUGGCCUCAUCUGAAGCCGAGACCGCCGCCCAAGCGCCCCCGCCGCCCACUCCGGCCGACUGCAAUGCCUCCGAGACAGCGGCGGGGUCCCUCAGCAAGAAGCAAGCCAAGAAACUCGCUAAGAAGGAAGCCAAGGAGGACCGCAAGCAGCAGUCCGCUACAGCCGCGGCCGCCGCCUCCCAGGUGGACUCCGCUGAGGCCGAUCCCUUAGCCGCGAACUACGGCGACGUCCUGGUCGAGGAUAUCCAGUCCAAGGCGAUCAGCGGACGCGAGUGGACCGAGAUCGGCGCGCUGGGCGUGGACCUCGCCUGCCGGGCGGUGCUCAUCCGGGGGGUCGCCCAGACGAUCAGGCCCGUGAGCAAGAAGAUGGCUUUUGUUGUCCUGCGGCAGUUCAUGAGCACGGUCCAGUGCGUCCUCACGGUCGACAAGGAGUUUGUGAGCCCCCAUAUGGUGAAGUUCGCGACGGGGCUCAGCAAGGAGUCGAUCGUGGACGUUGAAGGGAUGAUUUCCAUUCCUAAAGACCCGAUAAAGGGCACGACCCAGCAGGUAGAAGUUCAGGUAAGGAAGCUCUACUGUAUCAACAGAUCUGUACCUAAUCUGCCUAUUAAUAUUGAGGAUGCAGCACGAAGUGAGACAGAGUUCGAAAAAGCAGAGCUUACUGGAGAGCAGCUUGUUCGUGUUGGUCAGGAUACACGUUUGAACUAUAGAGUUCUUGAUCUGCGGACUCCAGCAAAUCAGGCAAUUUUUCGUAUUCAGUGUCACGUUGAGGAUGUGUUCAGGCGGUUUCUACGAUCUGAGGGAUUUAUUGGUAUCCAUAGCCCAAAGUUGAUUUCUGGAUCAAGCGAAGGAGGUGCUGCUGUAUUUAAGCUUGACUACAAGGGGCAACCAGCAUGUUUGGCACAAUCACCUCAACUUUAUAAACAAAUGGUGAUAUGUGGUGGUUUUGGACGUGUUUUUGAAGUUGGCUCUGUGUUUAGAGCCGAGGAUUCAUACACACACAGGCAUUUAUGUGAAUUUGUUGGACUUGAUGUUGAAAUGGAAAUUAAGGAGCACUACUUUGAGGUUUGUGAUAUUGUGGAUCGAUUAUUUGUUGCAAUGUUUGAUGACCUGAAUGAGAAUUGCAAGAAGGAACUUGAUGCUAUCAACAGGCAGUAUCCUUUUGAACCUCUGAAGUACUUGAGGAAGACCUUGAGACUUAAUUUCCAGGAAGGCAUCAAAAUGCUUCAGGAAGCUGGAGUUGAAGUUGAUCCUCUAGGUGACUUGAACACUGAGGCCGAGAAAAAAUUGGGCCGGCUUGUCCAUGAGAAGUAUGACACAGAUUUCUACAUUCUCUGUCGAUAUCCUUUGGCUGUGAGACCAUUUUACACUAUGCCUUGUUAUGAUGAUCCAGCAUACAGUAACUCGUUUGAUGUUUUCAUUAGAGGUGAGGAGAUAAUUUCAGGGGCUCAAAGAGUACACCUGCCAGAGUUAUUGACCACUCGUGCGGAGGCAUGUGGGAUUGAUGUAAAAACAAUAGCAUCAUACAUCGACUCCUUCCGGUAUGGCGCACCUCCACACGGUGGCUUUGGCAUUGGCUUGGAGCGAGUGGUGAUGCUCUUCUGCGCUCUCAAUAACAUCCGCAAGACAUCCCUUUUCCCACGCGAUCCACAAAGGCUUGUUCCGUAACAACUGCCAGCCUCAUCGCUUCCAUCAUUGGAAGUUGUCGUAAUCUGUUUUUAGGGCAAGUUCAGGAACCCUGGGCAAGUCCUUUGUUGCUAUAUAAGUACACCUGCUUGAUGUCUUUCUAAUCUACUUUCUCGUUUAACAAGAACAAUGUUUCCCCAACUCCCAAUUUCAAGUGUGACUUUUUUUGAAUGUAUCUUUUAUGGGUUAUAAGCAGCAUUAUAUGUGGGACAAACGAAUGAGAUGCUGUCUAAAUUAUUUGUUGUCGCUA